CCCACUGUAUCCUAUCAGUCACAGUUCAGAUUGCGGAUUGACCGUAGCACAAUUAGUAACAAAGAUUCAGUCAUCAAAAAUGUAUUCGAAGUGUGCCUUCCUCUGGGCUCUCGUAGUUGCAAUUGCCAUUACGACAUACUCACCCUCGCACGCGUACCGUUACAAUUACGCCACAAAUAGUACCAAUAAAAGUCAUAACUUGAUCGUUGGUAGCAGACUUCCAGGUGAUCGCAUAACUUACCAGGAGAAUAUCGUGAAGUCAUCGAAGCUGUGGCAGAUUACAACAGUGGAGAAGACGUUUUAUGCAGCUAAAAACGAAAGAAUCACUCAGGUCUAUGCCCUAGAUCAGAAAACCAAUGGAAAUGGAGCCUACGCUCGUAUCACCAAGGGUGGACCUGGUUUGAACAACGUCACCAUCAAAUUCAAGAGCCAGAGGAAUCACGGUAUCAACUUCCUCGUCCAAAUCUACUCCAGGCCCUGAAGUGUAAGCUAUCGGUGACAGCUGGAUAACAAAAUGUCAAAUUUUUUCUUCGGUUUCCAAAAAUUUCAAUAAAUUCCAUGUGGCAAUCAAUUA